AUGCCCCGCCAGGAAGUCCAUCAGCUCCGGCCUUUUGGCUGGGAGAACGACCCGGAGGAGGAGCGGUUCAAGGUCACGACGCUCGAUUACUUGACGGCCUGCACCUACAACAACUACGCCCUCUUCUUCCGGCUCGGCGACGAUGCGGACAAGGAGAAGGCGGCAGCCACCCUGAAGGAGGGCCUCGAGCGGACGCUCAGCCAGGCCCGCCACUACGUCGGGACGAUCGAGAAGGACCCGGAGGGCGGCCACUCGUUCGUCAAAAAGAAGAACAGUACGGUGCGCUUCGUGGUGCAGUGGCUGGAUACCCCCGAAGACGGCGCCAAGUACCCGUCCAUCGACGACAUCGAGCGGACCAACUACAGCGCCGUGACGCUCGGUAACCUCGAGACUUGGAGCGUGCCGCCCAUGACGUACGGCGAGAAGGCCGAGGCGCACCCCGAUAAUCAGCCCGUCGUGUCAGCUUUCAAGGCCAACUUUGUGCGCGGCGGCCUCGUCUUUAACAUGCACCACCACCACUACGCCAACGACGUCAUGGGCUGGUCCGGCUUCACCCACCAGCUGGCCGAGAACUGCCGGGCCGCGUUCGCUUCCAACACGGCGACGGCGACGGCGGUGGCCUUCCCGGCCUGGGACCCGGCCUGCCUCGACCUCUCGCGCCUCACCAAGAGCGAGGUGCCCGAGGCGUCCAAGGUGGACGGUCCGCCGCCGCAGGAGCGCCAUCCCGACCAUAAGGUUGGCCAGUUCCUGCUCUUCCACCUGCCUAAGAGCAAGGCGGCCGAGCUGAAGAAGCUAGCGACGCCAACAGACGGCUCGUGGGUAUCGACGUACGACGCCUUCUCGGCCUAUAUCUGGCGUACAGUGACGCGCCUACGCGUCCCCGUCUUCAAGCCGGAGCUGUCGUCGAACCUCUUCUGGGCCGAGGCUGUCGACAUGCGCCGGCGCAUGCAUAGCCCCAAGGUGCACCCACGCAUCCAGCACAACGUCAUGUUCGCGGCCCUGUCACCGACCUCGCCAGUUCCGCAGCUCACCAUCGACGAGAUCCUGAACGCGCCGCUAUCCAAGAUCGCCUCGUACGUCCGGCAGAUGACCGACAGCGUGACACAGGAGAAUCUAGACAAGACACUCGACAUGGUGGCGCUGGUGCGUGACAAGACGAGCCUCAACAUCCGCAGCGACUCGAAGCCGCCUAUGUCCAUCCUGCAGACCGACCACCGCGACGCCAAUAUCGUCUCCGCCAACUUUGGCUUUGCCACGCCCCUGACCUACCGCCACCUGCUCGACCGCGUGACCGAGGGCGUCAUCAUCAUCUACCCGACCCGGAACGCCGACCCGGCCUCGGACGAGGGCCCGGAGUUCUCCAUCGCCUACGAGAAGCAUCUCGCUCAGGACCUCAUCAACGACGCCGAGUUCAACAGGUACUUUGAGUACCGGGGCGUCGAUGCCGAGGACGCGGGAAGCGCCGCGGCCUCGCUCCCCAACUAA